AUGGAAGGAAAGUUGGCAGCAACAGAGAAGAAGCUUCCUACAGUACCGGAAACGAUACUGAAACGAAGAAAGCGGCGUGCAGAGGAGAGAGCUAAAGCGAAUGUCAGAAAAGCCAAGUUUGCUUUGAGAGCGAAGAGGAAGAGGCUUGAGAUUUUCAAGCGCGCUGAAAAAUACAUAAAGGAACAUAGGCAGCGUGUGCGACAAGAAAUUCAAUUAAAGCGUGAAGCUAGAAAAGCAGGCAACUUUUAUGUUCCUGAUGAACCACGUCUUGCAUUUGUGGUCCGAAUCCGUGGUAUCAAUCAAAUGCACCCACGGCCGCGUAAAGUUCUUCAACUCUUCCGCUUACGACAAAUAAACAAUGGUGUUUUUAUCAAAUUGAACAAGGCUACACUGCAAAUGUUGCGUAUUGUGGAGCCCUACGUUGCGUGGGGAUAUCCGAGUAUAAAAACAGUUCAUGAUCUAAUUUAUAAACGUGGUUAUGCAAAAAUUAAUGGCCGACGUAUACCAAUCACGGACAAUUCUAUUGUGGAGGGUGCGCUUGGGAAAUGUGAUAUAAUUUGUAUGGAAGACCUUGUACAUCAUAUCUUCAAUGUGGGUCCCUAUUUCAAGCGUGCUACGAACUUCCUAUGGCCUUUCAAAUUGAAUAACCCGUCGGGUGGUUGGACGAAGAAAACAAAUCAUUUUGUUGAAGGUGGUGACUUUGGUAAUCGUGAAGAUCAGAUAAAUGCAUUGCUGAAGAAAAUGAUUUGA